GAGGAGCGUAUGACAAGCUGAGUGGACUCGCCCAAUCAAAAGGCAUGGGGUACUUCCUUGGCUUCCACCGGAGUUGAUGCUCCUUUUGCGAUGCUGCUGUUCUCGGCGGAGGAUAAUUGACAGAAGCAUGAGGAACCUGAAGCAGAAUUUUUUUGUUUAAAACAGUAGUGAUUGAAUUUUCCCUCACUUUGAUGUUCUGGGACACUUGAUAGGUUUUGCACGUAAACAUAGAAGAACAAUAAUUCGUGGACAGUGGAAGGCCAACGUCUUAUUCAUAAUCCAGAAGACAUGGCUCUGGCAGUUGAAACGGAAUCUCAGAUUUACCACUCUCUCAGGACUGUCUUUGGUGCAGCCGCACACCUGGUUUCUCUUGGAUUCACCAUUGUCAUGGUGGUACUCACCAGACCUGGAUCAAGUUUGUUCUCCUGGCAUCCUUUCUUAAUGUCUCUUGCGUUUUCCUUCCUGAUGACAGAGGCCCUGCUGACUUUCUCUCCAGAGAGCUCCUUCCUCCGGUCCUUCUCCCGCAAGGCCAAGGUCCGCUUCCACUGGGCUUUACAGCUGCUUGCUCUCAUCUGUGCAUUGCUGGGAUUGGCCAUUAUCAGCUAUAACAAGUACCUCAAUGGGAAAGAGCACUUUGUCACCUGGCAUGGCCAGACUGGCUUGCUGACAGUGGUAUACGCUACCCUGCAGUGCAUGGGUGGGCUCGCCCUGCUCUACCCCAAGCUAAUGAAGAACUGGACCCUGAGCAAACUGAAACUGUACCAUGCCACAUCAGGGUUGAUUGGGUAUCUACUUGGUUGUUCUAGCUUGAUGCUGGGCAUGUGUUCCCUGUGGUUUUCCACAACUGUGACUGGAAUCUCCUGGUAUCUAAUUAUGCUGUGCCCUAUUCUCACCAGUUUGAUUAUCAUGAACCAAGUGAGCAAUGCCUAUCUCUACCGUAAAAGAAUCCAGCCUUGAAAACAGUCUUAAAACCAUUUAACACCUGUGUGGGAUCUCACAAGCAUUUCUGCAUUAUCUGGAAGGAAUCCAUAGCUAUAUAUAAAGUACUGGAACUCAAGAAUCUCUUUCUACCUGCCUCUAACUUUGUAUGGAUUUUUUUUAAUUGCUUCAAUUUUUCCAUAGCAGAGAUGCCUAUGCUGUUGAACCAAGUUUCUUGCAAUCCCAUUGCUGGAACUAUAAUAAUUAUUAGUAUUGUAUAAGAGCCCAACUUUGCUCUACUCUUUCACCCCUGAAUGAAAUCAGUGGAUAUAUUCUGGUUUAAAUUAUUCUUGAUUGGCCAUGUACAUAUACGACUGUAAAUCUAACUUGCUGUAACUUCUUUUUCAUAUUUGUGCUCAGUUCUAAGGCAUGGGCAUUUUUAAACUUCCUCUUUGAAAGGAUGGCUUUUAUUCAAUGUAUUCAGGUUUUACUUGCAUUGAUGGUCAGUUCUUUCUGUCUUUUAAAGUCAGUCACAUGCUAUGUGAAGGUAUAGCUUAUCCAGCUAUAUUAGCUAAACCAUAUAUGCUGAUCAAGGGCUAAUAAUAUAUUUUACAUUUAAAAAAAAAAUUAGAAUUGCUUUGUGCAGAUGGAAAAUGCGAAGAAAAAAACUUGUGAAGAAAAUGAAGCCUAUUGUUCAACCUUUACCUGUAGCUUUUCUUACUCAAGCCUAUCUAUCCUGCUCCCAAAUACUGUAGGAUUUCAAAUGCAUGUUAGCCUGUAAGAUAGAGACAGCUAUUCAGCAUAAAAGGUAUCACUUAAAACCAAUAUCCCUCCAUUCUCUAGAUACAUUGGGAUUAUUGUAACUCUAUUCCCAACCAAUAUUCUGAUUUUCUGCUCUGCAGUUAAAAGAUGCAGAGCUAUAAAAGGCACUUUAAUUUAAAGCAGAAAACAGGAACAUAUAUUUCUGGAUCCCUGCCAGAAUUUAAAUUACAGUCAACCAUUUCUGCAGGUUGUAUGUUACUAGCCCUGGUUUAAUGGCAUAAUAGGAAGGUUAGUAGAGCAUAACAGUGAGUCACUUACUUUGCUAACCCUUUAAUAAGUUUUCAAAAGAUGUGUCCUCUGAAAGCAUAUGGUAUCCUUAUCCAGGAGCAAGUAACUCAUGAGAACCUAGAUUUUUCUGUAUAUGUAGCUAUGUACAUCUAUAAUUGUGAAAUUGUAGUGCCACUACAAUUUUAUAGACAAAAGAUGAAAUAGGGAAGGAAAGAUCUAAGGCGGUGUUUCGCAACUUUAAUAUUUUAAGAUGUAUCAACUUCAGUUCCCAGAAUACAUCAGCUGGGAAUACUGGCUAGAGCAUUCUGUGACUCAAAUCCCCACAUCUUAAAAUGACUAGUGUUGGAAACACCAGUCUAAGGGCAAAGUAAGCAAGCAGAAACUAUUUUUAGAAAGAUGAGAAAAUGUAGAGUGGAGAAUACUAUUUUAUCCCUAUUAUUAUUUUAAAAAAUGUUGAAGCCACCCAGAGUUUUGAAUAACUUCCACAAUGCACAUUUGAUUCUCUUGUUUUCCCUACCAAUAGUUAAUAGGGAGUACCCAAUUUCUCUUCUCCUGCUUGGCAGCUUGUCAUAUUACCUUGUAAUCUUUUGUAUUUAGUCUCUAACCUUCUCUCAAUGUAUCUUGUUCUUCCUUGCUAUGUACUAUUAUAAAGGCUGAAUGCGGAUUCUUAAAAAUACACAUUUUUACUCAGAAGGAAAUUGGUUUAUAUAUGCAGGUGAAGAUCUAAUAAGGCUUAUCCCACAUGCAAAGAGACAUGGCAAAAAUUCAAGGGGCCAUGAAUCCAAAGAGAUGUGCAAAAGAUUGGGAAAAGGCCAGAACUGUUUUCAGGCUCUCUCAGCACUUUAUACUAGUGCAGCUUCAGGGUUGAUUUUGUGUAAGAUGAGUUGAAUCUGUCCUUUACCAGUAUGUAUUGAAUUUAGAGGUGAUUAGCUGACACUUUUGGCAACUAUGAAGUUUCAAAGCAUGCUGGCUAAGUUGAAGCUAAAUUACAAUGUGAUUGGUUUUUGUUUUGACUUAAGGUUAUGUUAAUUAAACCAUUAUGGUAUUUUUAUGAACCAGGCCACCAUAGUUUAUUCAACAAGUCAUGGUUAAAAGAAACCAAAGUUUACAGGAUGGAUGAACCCAUCCAUAGCACUAGUGUAAUGGUUAACAAAGUGUGCUGAUUCAGGUUAUUGAUAAUCCAAUGGCUUUGUAAUCAUGAAGUACUAAUUCCUUUUUAAACCACAAAAGGCAAGAACGAAUUACUUUCCUCUUGAGUUUCCACAAUAACUAACUCCUGAACUUCCUUCUCAUAUUGUAUUAUAUAGUCUCCUGUUCUCUAAAGUGGGAU